AGAGACAAAACUAGCACGCGAUAUUGUUUAUCAAUUAUGGUGAUAAUUUUGGUUGUGUAUAAUUGCAAGUGAACUGUCAUGUUCACAAUUUAUCAUUAUUUGGUUGUGUGUGUUCAUUUAUUAAGUGAAGAUUACUUGUGUCUUAUUAGUCAAUAAGUGGCUAAAACUUUCACUGACUUAAAUUCAGGGUUCGAUCUGUAAGAAAUAUUGCUGAUUAAAGGAUAAACUUGCUAUAGGUAAAGUCACAUGCUAAAAUUUUAACAUCAUUUGACAGAAUUUCAUUUAUUGGAAAUAUCGGGAGACAAGCCCAAAGCAGUGUGGUAGCAUUAUUGAGGUGUGGAGAUCUUCUGUAACUUGAGUAAUAGGAAUAAAUCAGUGUAAAUUGCAAAUAUUGGAAUAUGGAUAAGGGUUCCUUUAGAUGGUGUUGACAGCUGUUGUGAACUAUUGGUAUUUGAAAUCAUGUGAUUAUGCUAGAUUAUUUGAAAUCAUGUGAUUAUGCUAGAUUACUGAAGAUUCAAUUUAGGAUAAGUUUUGAACAGUUUCUUUGUGAACUUACUGUUAUACUUUUCUCAAGACUUUAGUUUAUAUAUUUCAUGAAAGAAUACAUGCUGUGACGGUUACUGAUAUGUUAAUUACAAUGAUGGAAGACUCAAGUUCAUCUGGAUCCUACAGUUUCAGUGAUUACUCACUUGACAUGGAAAAUAGUUCUUUCUGUUCCUGCACGCUGACAAAGAUCACCUACACAACAGCAGACACACCUUCCCCGCCACACCUGUCCCCAGACAGAGACAUGCCUUCCUCGCCACACCUGUCCCCACACAUGACACCGGAAGGUUCGGUGAAGCAUCUGAGUUUGGAUCGCUCCAAGUCAGAGCCCAGUAUUCGCCAGUCGGACAGAGAGGAUGGUGACCUUGGCCUUGAACCUAACUGUGGCCUGUUCGGAAUUCAGCUAGAGGUUACAUUCCACCUACUGGAAGCUGAGAAGCGGAAGCUGUUUGUGCUGCAACAGGAGCUGGGACAUCUCCACUCAAACAAACCAAACGAUCAGAUGAAGGCGCAGGUGGGGAAGCUGGCAAAUAGUAUUGGGCACAUUCAGCAGCAAUAUGACCACCUUGAGGAGGAGUACCGGUGUGCCGUCGCAAAUGCUCUACGCCGGAAGGCCAAAUUUAAACCUGCUCCCCGAAGCCAGCCUGCCAUAGGUCUCAAACAGACUCCCAAAACAAGGCCCACAAUAUUUGGGACAAUAACAGAAGAUACAAAGAAGGAGGAAAACAAUCGAAUGAAAAACGUGGUCCCGCAGAUGCAGAGCCUGUCUCAGAUGUUUGACAAGGCCGGAGGUGGCUAUGACUGUCAGAGUACCAACUGCAAUGAGAAUGAUGCCCUGAUGUUUAAGGAUGGUAACCUGCAGGCUGGUUCUGUGGAGGCCCUGAUACAGCACCUUGUGCCCACCACAGAGUACAACCCUGACCGAACCUAUGUAUUCACAUUCUUACUGAGUUCGCGGCUGUUUAUUCGCCCACAUGAGCUUCUUGCUGAGGUCUGCCAGGUUUGCACAUUCCAACAGAACCUGACCAGUGACAACAUUCAGAAGCAGAAGCUUGGAAAGUUUGGUCAAAACAUCAUACAAUUACUGAGUGAGUGGACAGAGAUGUUUCCGUAUGAUUUCCGGGAUGAACGUAUGAUGCGUCAGUUGAAGGAGAUCUCGCACCGUGUGUUGAAUGUUUUCCCGGAGUUGCGGCACGAGAUGGGCGCUAUCACACAUAAUCUACUCAAUAAGCUGGCACAGUUGAAUCGGUAUGAAGAAGUUCUGUCAAAGCUGAAUGCUGAGGCAAUCAAGCGUUCACAGACCCAGAUUGCUCCAACAACAGACAUCAUGGAGGUGUGUCCUGGUCCACUCCGACUCGCUGAGCAACUUACACACAUAGAGCUGGAGCGGUUGAGUCAGAUCGGUCCCGAAGAGUUUGUUCAGGCGUUUGCCAAGGAGGAGAAGAAAAUCCCCGUGUUCCGAGACAUGAAGAAAACCCACAACCUCGAGGCUUACGUGCAGUGGUUUAACCGACUUAGCUAUCUCGUAGCUUCAGAAAUAUGCUCACAUUUAAAAAAGAAAAAUCGGGUGCGAUUGGUGGAGUACUUUAUUGAUGUUGCGAAAGAGUGUAUAAACAUCGGCAACUUCAACUCAUUAAUGGCUAUCAUAGCUGGCAUGAACAUGAACCCUGUAGCCAGGCUCAAAAAGACUUGGGCGAAGGUGAAUCGUGCCAAGUUUGGUAUCCUGGAGUUGCAGAUGGACCCCUCUAACAACUUUGGCAGUUACCGGUCUUGUCUCAAGGCUGCUAUGUGGCGAUCACACGGGGCCUCUGACAGUCGGGAAAAGAUUGUGAUACCAUUCUUCAGCCUGUUUGUUAAAGACAUUUACUUUAUUAAUGAAGGCUGUUCCAAUACAGCAGAGAAUGGGAGCAUUAACUUUGAGAAAUUCUGGCAGAUGGCAAAGCACAUAUCUGACUUUGUGACUUGGCAACAAGUUGAGUGCCCGUUUGUGAAGCACACAGACGUUCUACACUACAUCCUCACCUCCCCUGUCUUCUCAGAAACCACUCUGUCGCUGGCAUCAUAUGAGUGUGAGCCACCAGAGAACAGCUACGACAAGGUGCGACAUAAGAAACUCAAGUCGGAGGCCGGCUUAUGACAGAUGCAUAAGGCUUGAAGAUGUUAAAGCUGCUAAAUUGUAGAGACUUCAUACAGAUCCUUGUUCAGCUACAGGCAGUGGGUUGUGUAGUCCACCAGGGUGUAUGGUCCACCAUAAUGGUCAACCAGGGUUAAAUGGUCCACCAGGGUUACAUGGUCCACCAGAGUUGUAUGGUCCACAAUGGAUGUAUGUUCCAUGGUUGUGCACCUGCUGUUUAAGGCAGUCUAAUGUGUGAUAAACAAUGCACUACACAGGGCAUAUAGAGCAGAUAAAUGACUGCAGUGUGUUAGUUCAUCAACAGACAUAGGUCAGUGCACCUGGUGCUACUCAUCAAGGUCAAGAACUUCCAUGAAGGUUGUUAGAAUAUGAGGACAGCUUUUUCAGGCAAGUUGACAAGAUUACUUGACAAAAGCAAGUGGUUGGCUUGUUAACAUUUUGAACUCAGAUGUGCGGCCAUAACAAACAGAGGAAAGUGUUUGCCGCUGUUGCCAUAGCAGACAAACUAUGCUCAAUGUGUUGGUGGCUGUUAUGAUAACCCAAAACUAGAAAGUAGUUCUUUGGUCUAAAAUGCAGAAAUUGUAGGUGCUCAUGUACAGUGUUAUCGAUGAAAUAAAUGGCAUUGACAAGUCACUAAUCACCAAAGUUUUGUAUAUGUUGUUUACUGAUAACUUAUGUAUGUUUUUUAUUAAAUUUUCUUUUGGCUGUAUAUAAGGUCUUCCGUUGGACCAAUAUUGUUGUUGUCAUGUUUUGUUGAAACUUUGUUAAAUGUAAUAUGGUUCAUGCAUGUUGGUGCCAUAAGUAAGUGCUAUCAUUUCAGCCAUGCUAAAUGCUACAUAUUGUUAAGUUAUUUUUUACUUGCCAAAAAUUGAUGGUAUUCAGUGUUGAUAUUCCUUUAUGCCUAGGGAAAGUAUUAAACGUCAAUUUUAUCUUCUGCUAAAUUCUUAAAUACAUUUCUUAUCAGACAGAAAACAAUUUCAUGCUUUUUAAAACUUAUUUUUUAUUAGUUUUUCUUUUUUCGAAAAAAAUGAAAAGCAAAAUUAUUUUCAUACCCUCAGCAUAUUAAACUGUUUUCCAUUUCCAUGUUUUUAAGGCCGCAACAAUUCAAAUUGGAAUUUGAGUACUGUCUAGUCAAUUAAACAUUUCUUCAGCUCAUAUAAUCCAUUUCAUCAUCAUGACCGUAUCAGUGGGAUCAAUGCUGGUACAUCAGGACCAGGUUUUUCAUUGUGAAAUAAGUUGUGUUUUUUUUUCAAUUAUUUGCUUAAGUAUUUACAUAUGCAAAUGUAUGUAGUGUAACAUAAAUUUAGUUUUACAAUCAUGCAAUGUAUGUCCAAAGUUUUGUCAAACCUGGAGACCCAGCUCAUUCAAGAUCUUAGUGAAAAGUAUGGUAAUGUUAGUGUCAUAUUUUGUUAUUUUGCUGUAUAUUUGUUUGAAUUGAGUUUAGACUGUAUUGAGGUUGAAAACAAGUUCAGGAAACGAUUGAAAACAACAUUUUGCCAUCUGAUGUUCAAACAGAAUUUUUUAAUGUCGCAACUAGAUUUUGCAUUUUGUCUUAUUAUGAUACAUAACAUUUAGCAGGGUAGGUCUGAAAAUGCAAAUAAGUUAUUUCAUUUCUCCAGUAUCUAAAAAGAGUGUAAAAUAAAAUAAGAAAAUUGUAGUAAUAUAGACAUACAGCCAUAAACUGAUACUUUUAUACAUUAACUACAAUAAGAAGAAGCAGUACCAUGUUUCAUAUGAGGGAAGACAUUGUUUUAAGGUUCGUGGUACUUUUAAGGUGGUUUAAAGAUCUUUUUAUGAAUCAUAUGCUUAAAACUAUUCCGAAACUAAUACAUUACUUAAUCAUGUUCUAUUUGACCCAUUUAUGUUUGUCGCAGUUCAAAUGCUUCGCACUUUCUUGUCUCAGGGAUAAGACCCAUACAUAUACAUACAUGUACAUCUUUAGUUUUAUUAGUGCAAUCAAUAUUUUUCAUACAUUUCAUUCUAUCUGUAAUUUGUACUCUGCAUUCCCAUUGGAUAAAUUGUUAUUUAGAACAUUGAUGUUCCAAUCUGAAUUCUGUGAAUAAGGAAUAAAAUAUAAACUCUU